AUGGGCGGCGUUGAUCUGCUUGAUAUGCGAACAUCUUUAUAUCGAAUAAAUAUUCGUUCCGUCAAAUAUUACAUGAAGAUUAUUUCCCAUCUUAUUGAUCUUUCAUUGGUUAAUGCAUGGUUGCUAUAUCGCCGUUAUUGUUCUCAAAAUCAAAUUCAAAAGAAAGACGUGCUAUCUUUAUUAACGUUUCGAAUUGAUGUAGCAAAAUCAUUACUUCAAUCAAGUCCAUCACCACGACCAGUGCAACGUGGACGUCCAUCUUUACAGAAUAUAUCAAAUCAAAACAAUACAACAACAGUUGUAAGAACUGCACCGGUUCCAGUUUCACCAACCAGUACUAGAAUCGACAAGUUUGAUCAUUGGCCGGUGUCGACAACAAAAGGUCGCUGUAGAAAUGGUCGAUGCUUGGGAUAUUCAAGAGUAUCUUGUACAAAAUGCAAAGUGCGCUUAUGUUUGAAUGAAAAUAAAAACUGUUUUAAAGACUAUCAUCAUUAA